GUUGACAACCUCCAUUCAAACUUCCUUGGAUGCCGGGCAACAACAAAGAUGGCGCUUAGCCUGGCCGAGCUGGAGGCUCCGCUGGCCGCUGACCCGGCCGGGGACCGGGACCGGGACCGGGACGGAGGAGGAGGAGGAGGGUUGCGGCGCUGCAGAGGGAGACCCAGGCUCACAGACUCCGACCGGGCCCAGAGGCGACUGGAGUCCCGGAAGAAGUACGACGUGAGGCGCGUGUACCUGGGAGAGGCGCACAAGCUGUGGAGCGAGGUCCGCCGGAGGACCGGUCUCAGUGAUGCCGGACUGGCAGAGUACCUGAUCCUGCUCAACUCCACCUACGGAGAGAGGUACCAGCAGGAGUUCUGCGGGAAGAAGAGGGCUCCAGAAGUCUCAGUUAAACAGAAGAAAGGCAGGAAUCGUUGUGUGUCGAGCCUGCAGAGUCUGGUGCGUUGGUACCAGGACCACGCGUCCUCAUGUCCUCACGAGCCCCAGCUCCGAGCGCUGGAGCCCCAGCCCAACUUCUCCACCGCUGCCGUCUGGCGGUGUGGCUCACGCCACUCGUUUGUGCAGUACCUUUUCUCCCCGCCCAGGGCGGCGAGCGACUCUGAACGCGAGGAGCGAGGGAAUGGAGACGAAGAAGAAGAAGAAGAAGAUGAAGAUGAAGAAGAGAGUGCAGCGAAAACAGACGCGUCCGUGGCUAAAGCUGAAGUCUGCAGGAGGAGAAGGAAGGAUGCUCAGAAACAGUUCAAAGCUGUGGGACAACAUGUGGAAGUUUCUGAGCAACAACAGACAACCAUGAGCCCGAUCCAACAGGCUGCAACUCCAGCCCAGCUGCCCAGGGAAGAGGCCUCCUCGCAGGAUGUCCCACUGACGGGACAGCCCGUCUGGGAGAUGGAGAUGGAGAUGGAGCGACAGGAAGGCCCCCCAGCAGCAGAGUUUCACUCAGUCUCCUCAGAGGAGGAGGAGGAGGAAGAGGAGGAGGAUCUGAGGCUAGGCAGAGACCCAGAAGACGAGAUCAGGACCAUGCCGCACGCCCUACCGCCCGCAUACGAGUGUGUUGCCGUGGCGUCCUUGGAGGACAAACUGGAGAAGACGGACUCGGACUCGGAGCUGUCCCGGAGCGUGAGGGGCUCUGUCGGGCUGCAGGAAGAGGACCAGAGCGUGAGGGGCUCUGUCGGGCUGCAGGAAGAGGACCAGAGCGUGAGGGGCUCUGUCGGGCUGCAGGAAGAGGACCAGAGCUCGCUGUUUGACCCCCAGACGCUGCAGACCAUGGUGACCAGCUGUGAGAUCCCCGACCAGAGGACCGCGCUAGAAGGCUCGCAGUUGAUCAUCAUCACGGGCCCCAGCUACGAGGCCCUGACGUCAGAGGGCAUCCAGCUCAACAUGGGGGGGGGGGACGUGGAGGAAGUCACCUGCACCGUCAUCGGGGGGGUCACCUUCAACCAGGUCUGCACGUCGGACCCAAAGCUCCAAACAGCAGACGAUGAAGACUCCAUGACAGGUUUGAGUGACCAACAGCUGCUGCAGCCCGAUGCUCUGGAGCUGAGUGGAGAGCGAGAGCUGCAGCGAGGGCUGAGCAGCGUCCGGUCCAAGAGGAACAGGCGAGGCCCGGUCAUUGAGGCCGACGGGAUGCUCAAGAUGUUCCACUGUCCGUACGAGGGCUGCAGUCAGGUCUACGUAGCUAUUAGCAGCUUUCAGAAUCACGUCAACCUAGUCCACAGGAAAGGGAGGACCAAGGUUUGCCCUCAUCCAGGCUGCGGGAAAAAGUUCUACCUGUCCAACCACCUGCAUCGCCACAUGAUCAUCCACUCAGGCGUCAGAGAUUUCAUCUGCGAGACUUGUGGGAAAUCGUUUAAGCGUAAGAAUCACCUGGAGGUCCACCGCCGGACGCACACGGGAGAAACGCCACUCCAAUGUGAGAUCUGCGGCUACCAGUGUCGCCAGCGUGCGUCCCUGAACUGGCACAUGAAGAAGCACACCUCCGAAGCCCACUACAACUUCACCUGCGAGUUCUGCCACAAGAGGUUCGAGAAGCUGGACAGCGUUAAGUUCCACAAGCUGAAGAGCCACCCGGACAAGCAGGCGACCUGAGAACGAGUUUCCCCGCACCUGGUAUCAGGACCUAAACACGCGACGUUACAGGUUGGCCCUCGGGAGCCAAAGCAAGGCUUCUAGCCAGAGAGACGGACUUUCCCUUUGCUGUGUUUGUCUGGCGUCUCGUGUCCAGGAUGAUGUGAACAUCACCUGUGAACACACAGGCAGAGGAAGCAGCGGGCCAGUCCAACAGCUGUGCAGGACGCACGCCCUUUCAGAGUUCAGGGCCCAAACUUGGGGCUCGAACAUGUUUGGUACAGCGAGGAAACAAAGCUUAAAGUGCCCAUAUUAUGACAAAAAUCACUUUUUCUGGGAUUUGGGGUGUUAUUUUUGUCUCUCUGGUGCUUCCACACUCAUGCAAACUUUGAAAAACAUCCAUCCAUGGUGUUCUGAGUGAGAUCUGGUUUCUGAAUGUGUCCUGCCUUCAGUUUCCUGGUGAGCUGGUCAACAUCUGCACGGCUUUCUAUGUCACUAGCCGAGACCAGGGGCCUAGGGGGCUAACUGUUAGCAUGCUAGCUCGUUCUCAAUGGCAAAACACUGCUACAACACACAGAAAUUCACCCUAAUCUACAAAAUAA